AUGGCCGAAGACAACAGGCCGUUUGACUUUGACCAGCUGCCGGACGACGACCUGGGCCCGCGGCUCAAUGCGACGGUGUGGUCGCUGACGGCCGUGUCGGGCCUGUUCCUGGGUCUGCGGCUGUACUGCAAGUUCACGCGCCGGCGCGGGCUCUGGUUGGACGACCACUUUCUGAUCGCGGCGUGGAUCGCCCUCAUCCUGCUGUCGUCGUUCACGACCGUCGCCGUCGGCUUCGACCUCGGCAAGCACAGCUGGAACAUCGACCAGGCGACGUUCGCAUGGCUCCUCCUGCACGGCAACCUCAGCGGGUCCUUCUCGAUCCUCGCGGCGGCGUGGAGCAAAACGUCGUUCGCGCUGACGCUGCAGCGGCUGGCGUCGGAGCGGUGGAUGCGCUGGCUCAUAUGGUUCCUCAUCGUGUCGAUGAACCUCGUGCUCGGCGGCGCCGUGCUCAUCACCUGGGUCCAGUGCUCGCCCGUCGAGAAGACGUGGCGCACCGUCGCCGUCGAGGGCACCUGCUGGCCGCAGCACGUCCACCGCAACUACAACAUCGUCUCGGCCGCCUACUCGGGCGCCAUGGACGUGCUGCUCGCCAUGCUGCCGUGGCGCAUGAUCUGGGGGCUCGAGCUGACGCGCCGCGAGAAGCUCGGCGUGCUGAUCGCCAUGAGCAUGGGUGUUUUCGCCGGCAUCGUGUCGUUUGUCAAAAUCUCGACGCUCCACGCCAUUGGCGACAGCGACAUGAUCGAGACGGUCGACCUCGUCAUCUGGGGCGCCGCCGAGAGCGCCGUCACCAUCAUCGCCGCCUCGAUUCCCGUGCUGCGUGCCAUGUUUCAGGGCGCCAAGGCCGUUGACGAGCCGCGCAUGGGCACGCGCGAGAAGGCGCUGCUGCGGCGCCUCAACCUGUUCUCGUCGCCUUCUACGGGCGGGGGCACGAACGCGGGCACGCAGACGAAGGCAGACAAGGGCGUGGCACGAGGCACCAAGGAUAGGAACAAAGGUUACGUGGCGAGCACAACCAAGACAACAGCAGCAGCAGCAGCCGGCAUCACGUCGCCGCGGGCCGUGUGGGGCGUGGGCCCGCGGGAGACGGCGCACUUUUUCGAGAUGGAGCACUUUGCGCGGCGGGGCAGCAGCGGUGGCGGCGCGGGGCAGGGACGUGGCGACGACAUGGAGCAUCUGCGGCCGGUGAGGGGGGAUCUAGAGCAGCAGUCGAGGGCCGGCAGUAGCCCGAGGGGGUGGGCCGGAUCGCGUGAUGAGGAGGGGGAAGAGGAGGAGAGCGAGAGGCGGACCCGAGGGGAUGGAUCAAGGGCACACGCGCUGGAGGGCGCGUCGCGUGAGGUGCGGAUCGUCAUACGGGAGAAUCCCAUACGAGACAAUAGGACUCUGUCGAUGAGCUCGGGGGGGAUGUGA